CUUUUAGCCAAGGGUAUGGGGUUAGUGCAUCAAGGGGGCUUAGGAUCACGCUUUUCCAAGGGCUAUUUCAAUAGCCUUAAGAUUUUUUUUUUAAUAACAAAAUAUUCAUAUUCAGACCUAUUAAGAAAUCAAUCAACAGGUUAUUUAGUUUAUUUUCUUGGACUUCCAAGGCUUGUUUAAUUUUUGCACUGUGAAUAACUUUGAACUGAAUUCGUUGAAGAUGCCUGACACAGUGGUUCAAGAGAUGCCAAGUCCUUUCCCAAGCCAGUUAAGGGCUCUUCUGGAGAUGGAGGCAAAAUAUCAGCCAAAAUCAAAUGGUUUGAGGAUAAUUGAAUCCGCCCAUGAUAGUGGCUUUAGAAUAACCUCCAGAUUGAGGGACUUUGAAGUGAAGGAUCUCUUAUCCCUAAGUCAGUUUUUUGGCUUGAGUACAGAAACAUUCUCGCUUGCUGUGAAUCUUCUUGAUAGAUUUUUGUCAAUUAUGAAGGUGCAGCCAAAGCAUUUGUCCUGUGUUGCAUUGUGUUGCUUCUACCUGGCAAUAAAGUCGACUGAAGAUGAAAGGAACAUCCCUCUUGCCAGUGAUUUAAUUCGAAUUGCCCAGAGAAGAUUCACGGUUUCUGACAUGAUGAGAAUGGAGAAGAUAAUUCUAGAGAAGCUGUACUGGAAAAUUAAAGCAGUGACAGUUGUGAAGUUCCUUAGAUUGUAUCUUGCACAUGUGAAUGAACACUCUUUGACUGAACAGAAGAAAUUGCUGAACACUGAUAGACUAGAAGCUCAGCUUAAAGCAUGCCACUGCCGCCUGAUGUUCUCCAAAGCAAAGCCCUCUUUGUUGGCAUUGGCUAUACUGUCAUUGGAAAUUCAGGAGCAGAAGCUUCAUGAAUUGAGAGAUGUAGUGCAAAAUUUACAGCAGUUUUCAAUGAUUGCAGACAGAGACCUUUUUGUCUGGAGGGAAAUGGUAGCAAAAUGUCUUGCUGAAUAUGCAUCUCCAAAGUGCACUAAGCCAAAUCACCAGAAACUGAAGUGGGUUGUAUCGGGGAGGACAGCACAGCAACUUAAGCACAGUUAUUACAGGAUUGCACACCUUCCCACUAUUCCAGAAGCUCUUCACACUGUAGAAACAGGAUCUGAUCCCAGGCAGAUCUAAUGAAGUGUCAUUGGACAUUCUUACAAAUUCCUUGGAUGUUUCAACUUUAGCUAAGACUUCAUUUUCUACACUAGUGCCAUUUUCUGUUUUCAAAAGUGUUACUUUUUUAAAUUUAGUCCAAUAUAAUUUAACAGAAUUAAUUUGUCAGUAUACUGUUGUAAGAAAAAACCUGGACAGGAGUUUUCCUUUUCUGUUUGCAUUUUGUUCACUUUUAUACAAAAGGUAUAUGCACACAAUAGUAAAACUUAGCACAGAUAUGACUAAUGGUUAAAACCAAGCUACAAUUUUGGUUUUUGAACCUUUUAUUGCAUUGCUUGCACUUUUCAGUUUUUUAAAAAUUGUUACAGGAUAGAAAUUCUGUUUUACUUUGUUUAGACACAUUCAUUCUGAUUUUUGUUUUAGAGAUUGAAUUUAGGGUUUUUAAAGAUGUUUCUGUUAAAGCACUGCACGGUUGUCUGCGUGGAAGUGGCAUUUUCUGUCAGAUUUUAUUAACUUAUUUAAAGCAAAAUUCUGUUAUGUUGGCAAGGAUUUUUUUUUUUUUCUUUGCUCUGACACUUGCAUCUUGGUCAGCACUGUGGUUUCAGAAACCUGAAUACCACCAGACCUAGUGCAAGCCAGAGGGCAAAAUAUUUAAGUAAUGCACCACCUAGGUCUUCAUUCCACUAUGUGGAAGAGGAGGAAGAAGGGUUUUGUGAACUAAUAGGGAAAAGCGUAACUAAGAAAUCAACCCAAAACCCUUACACUUCCAGCCUAGGUUGCUGAGCAGUCCUGAUGCACACUCGUACCCAAGGUUAUUAGUUUCUUUCUUCUUGCUACUAUAUUGGUUUAACAAAGUUGAAAUGUAAUCAAAAUUGUUGCACUGGCAAUGGCAUUUAGAACUUUUUCCUAGUAUUAACCUGAAUAUUUUUUUGUCAUGUAAGCUGACUGCUUAUUAAUAUUAGGCCCACAUUUAAAAAUAAUAUAUACAAUAUGCAGCUAUGGUAUUGUUGAACUUUUCUUCGUCCAUUUUAAAUCAAAACACUAAUAAAACAAGCAUAUGUUUUAUUAUUCCUCAUGUUUGUUCCUGGAAAUACUCUGAUCAAAACUGAAAAUUUGAUGUGCCUCAAAGAUGUUGCUCAUCACUUAUAUACCUAGAUUUUCAUUUUGUAAUCUAAAUGUUUGUUUAGGUAUGUGUACCAGAUGUUCAAACUGCCUGUGUUUCUCAAUUUUGAUUAUUAUUAAACUAUUCAAUAAAGCUCUCAACAGUUA